UCCAUUAACAGUGCUAGUCUUCUCUUCUGCAAUUAUCUGCAGAAUUUUUUCUAUGCUGGUUUUACAUGUCAUAUACUUGUCUAGCUGUGGUCCAUCUAAAUUUUUAUUUAAUCUUCCCUAAUGCCAAAGAAGCUAUUUCCUUUCCAAGUAUCAAUACCAACCAAAUCCACUCAAGAUGUAAUUUCUGGCAGGUUUCUAAGAACAACCUAUUGACAUUGAGUUUAUUUGCUUACAUGCAAGCUUUCUGGGCAAGGAUUGUUUAUUUAUUUCCAGUUCCCGUACGACUGCAGAAUGAUUUCUUAGUCCCUAGCAAAUAAAAAUACAACCACAGAGGAAGUAGCAAGCUGGAGGCAAUGCAACAGCUUAGCCCAUAGAAGCUGAUCCACUUUCUGUCUAGGUGAUGCAAUGUAUGGCUGCAGCAGCCAGCACCCCGCCUGCCCCUCUGAAGGGACAGGUCUAGAUACAAACCAGGGAAGAGUAACUCCAGCUGGAGUGGACUAGUUGGACCCUCUGCAUGCCAACAAACAGUAAGCAACAAGAAGGCAGAUGCUGAAGAGCUGUGUACUGGGUGAGGUGGAGUAGGGACCAGCAGCCAUUCAUGGCUUUGUCCCUGGAGGCCUGUGUCUAUGGGCAAUCCCAGAGGCCUUUAUUUUUUAUCCCCUGAACAAGUCAUCUGUGAAACAGCCUCAGAGCAUCUGGAGCUCAGUUUGAGCCUUCCUGCAGGCAGCUCUAGUUCUCUCUUCCCUGUGGAGUAAGCACAGACCCUGGCCACCACCACAUUCCCUCUCUGGGCACAGGUCCCAAGGUUGGGCAGCUGCUUCCCCUGUCUGGCAGAAGGCCCACUGCCACCACAGAAGAGCUCUUACCACCGCUGGAAAUAUCCCUCAGCCCAAAAGAGGCCCCUCAGCUCCCUGACACAUAGCUGUUUCCCUCAGCCUCAAAACCAUGGCCCUGGCUUUUGAAGAAGUGGUUUCUCUGCGGGCAGUGACGUGUACCCUGAAGACACCACCUGCAUGGCUGGGUCCCACACACUGGGGCCAGGGACAGCAGGGCAUCGCCAGCAUGGCAGUGUGUCUGCUGCACCUACCGGUUCUUGUUAUGACAGCCAUGACUUUCACUUCUGCAAUGAAUCAAAGCACAUCUGAGAUUACUUGUGUGCUUAUCAGCUGGAGAGACGGAGCUUCAAGGACACAAGAGACAUCAGUAUCUUCCAAGAUCUCUAAUACUUUGGAAGAUCUUGAGUGCCAUUUGAAUUCUCAGGGAACAGAGAAGAUCUAUGAACCAAUUAAAAAAGUGGAAGCUAAUGUGUUUGAAGAUAUUGAAUUAAGAGUAAUAAUGAACAUUUCAGAGAUCAUUUCAUGCCGUUGGUUUUUUAAAGAAAUCCAAGCUUGUGAACCUUCACUGGAUUCAAAUAACCAGUAUGUUACUUCUUUGUCUUUUUCUCAAGUAAGAGAAACACAAGCUGGAAAAUACUCUCUCUCAGUCAUCAGUAAAAACAGCAAUUACACCAUCAUUAUUCCUGUUCUCAUCCGAAGUAAACCAGGCAAACCCUAUUUCAGGAUAUCCGAAAAACUGGAUGUUAUAGAGUGCAUAUCAGAGAGCUACCCCCAGCCCUCUGUGAAGUGGACAUUUUGCAAAACACAUGAAAAGAGUUGCCUUAAUAAAAUGCAUCAAGAAAAUGGAGAAAUAGAUGGCAUACAGAAGGUACAAUAUGAAUUACAUCAGAGUGAAUUGUUUGAAACCUAUAUAUGGUGCUGUGCAGCUAAUGACCUGGGCAGAGAAUGCACCAGCCUCUUUACUAUAGAUUUAAGUGAAAGACGAGCGGCACCUUUGCCUGAGUUACUUCUCAAAGUUGGGGAACCACUGCUGAUCAGAUGCAGAGCUGUUUAUCGUAAUUACAAAUUCAGAAUAAAUUUAUCUUUUGAAAACAAAGAAGUGCAGCAGAGUCGCCAAUUUGGAGGGUUGGAGUACCAAACAGACCUCUCGGCCAUUCGGAUCCAGUACAUGUUUACUUCAGUAGCAAGAAAAGGCGACAGCGGACGUUAUACCUGCUCUUCUACGGCUCAUCCAAAUCAAACUGCUUUGGUUACUGUUUUAGAAAAGGGAUUUAUAAAUGUAACUGACUCUAGAGAAGAUUUUGAAAUUGGCGAUGAAGAGUUUUGCUUUGAAGUUAACUUUACAGCAUAUCCACCAGUUAAAUGCAUGUGGCUGUUUUCCCAGAAAACAUUUCCAUGUAAGCAAAGUUACAGUGAGGAUGGACACAGCAUUUCGUCAAAGUUCUGCAAUCAUCAGCACCGUUCUGGGAUAUAUAUAUUUUAUGCUGAAAAUGAUGAUACAGUCAUGACGAAAAAAUUCACUUUGCAUGUGAGAAGAAAACCUGAAGUAACAAUGCAGUUAUUGUUCAAGCAGAUCUCCUGCAUCGCUGACAGCUAUCCAGCCUCAUCCUGGGUUUGGAGGAACUGUCCUGACCUGAACUCAUCCAUCUGUACCGAAGAAAUCAAGGAAGGGAUCCAGAACUUCUUGCCAGAAAGGAGAUCUCUGGGGUCAUGGAUUUCAAGCAGUGUUUUAGAUGUAAAGGAGACAGCAGCAAUGUUCUCUGUUGAAUGCUGUGCAAGCAAUUUGGUCGGCUCCAACUGCAAAAAGAGCUUCAUUAACCUAUCAGUUGCAGGAACUGUUUCUUCUCUGCCGGACAAUGCUGCACUCUGUGUCUUUGCUGGAUUUAUUUUCCUAUUGAUCAUUUUUCUGUGCGUACUCAUUUGCCAUAAAUACAAAAAGGUAAAAACAAGCAUCAAUACCUGCUCUUUCUUCUUUUGUUCCUACCAAGCUGUUUCUUCUUCUCUAAGACUUUUUCUGCAUUUUUUCCUUCCAAAGCAAUUUAGAUACGAAAGCCAGAUGCAAAUGAUACAGGUGAUUGGACCGCUGGAUAACGAGUACAUCUACAUUGACUUCCGUGAAUAUGAAUAUGAUCUCAAGUGGGAAUUUCCCAGAGAAAAUCUGGAAUUUGGACAGGUUCUUGGUUCUGGGGCUUUUGGGAAAGUGGUGAAUGCUACAGCUUAUGGAAUUAGCAAGGCGGGAGACUCAGUGCAGGUUGCAGUCAAAAUGCUAAAAGAAAAGUCUGACACUUCAGAAAAAGAUGCUCUGAUGUCUGAGCUGAAAAUGAUGACUCAUAUUGGAAGCCAUGAAAAUAUUGUGAACCUGCUAGGAGCUUGCACUAUGUCAGGGCCAAUCUACUUGAUUUUUGAAUACUGUUGCUAUGGUGACCUUCUGAACUACUUAAGGAACAAAAGAGAAAAAUUUCACUGGACGCUGACAGAUGUUUUUAAACAGCACAACUUCAGUUUCUACCACAAUAUCUGUUUGGACCAAAAUUCCAGGAAGGGAGCACACCUGAAAUACGGUGUGAAUACGGAUCUGUACAGAGAGGAUGAACUUAAAGUCACACAAACAAGCCAAAACAUAAAUAUGACCUCUGGAUCAAAUGGAAUUGCGCUCUGUUCUGAGGAAGAUGAAAUUAAGUGUGCAAGCAGACAGAUGGAUGAAGACGAGGAUUUUAACGUGCUCACUUUUGAAGACCUUUUAUGCUUCUCUUAUCAAGUUGCCAAAGGAAUGGAGUUUCUCCAGUCCAAAUCGUGCAUUCACAGAGACCUCGCUGCCCGCAAUAUACUGGUGACCCAUGGAAAAGUCAUGAAAAUAUGUGACUUCGGCCUUGCCAGAGAUGUUGUGAGUGACUCCAACUACAUCGUCCGAGGCAAAGUUCGCUUACCCGUUAAAUGGAUGGCUCCUGAAAGCUUAUUCGAGGGGACGUACACCAUGAAGAGUGAUGUUUGGUCUUAUGGAAUACUGCUGUGGGAAAUAUUCUCUUUGGGUGUAAAUCCCUACCCUGGCAUUCAAGUUGAUGCAAACUUCUACAAAUUAAUUAAAAGUGGAUUUAAAAUGGACCGACCUUAUUAUGCUACAAAACAUGUCUACUGCGUGAUGCAGUCCUGCUGGGCACUGGACUCCAGAAGAAGACCCUCAUUUUCCCAACUGGUUUCCUCUCUUGCCUGUCAGCUGGUGGAGGCAGAGGGAGCAGUUUACCAGAACAUGAAGAAAAAUGUUUCUGCAUCCAAAUCCAACAACAAAACUAACCCACGUGUAAGUAAGGAUGAGGAAUCUCUUAUGUCCCCAGCUCUGCUCCAACAUGAAGACUCUUAGGUUGAGAAAUGAACUGGGUUCUGGACUUGAUCUCAGUAUUUUCCUAAACUCCAUGCAUAAAUGCUUCAUGUCACCACUGAAAAAGAAGAUGUUAUUGCCUGCUGCUCUAUUCACAUUUCUGAUGGGACAGUCCAUGUCCACAUUACUUUGAGAAUACACAGCAAUUCAUUUCCACUUGAAAUUGCCAGCUUUAGAAGCCUGAGUUUUAAAAUAUCAGCUUUAGUUUACAGGGAACUAUAAAAGUGAGUGCGUACAACUGUCCUGCCCUGAUUGUCUCAAUUGCUGUAGUUUCCCAAUAGAUGCCCAGUUCAGGUGAGUUCAUGUCAUUGAGUACUCAGGUGAACUCCAGCCAUCCAGCUCUGUACAUGCUGGUGAGAGUCAAGCACUCAAAGCAAGUGAUUCCUUUUACCUAUAUAAGCACCUACAACAGGCAGAGGGGGGCAGGAGGUGCUCCUCCUACUCCCUUGUCUAGAAAACCUGGAUGACUGCCUCCAACUGGAAGUCUCAUAUACACUGAACUACAGCAAAUCCUGCCCUUUGAGCUCGGUGUGUUUUAAUAUCAAAUACAAAUAUUAAUUUUAAAGAAUUUGUCCUCUGUAACAAGUAAGGAGUGUGAUACCAUGCCCAGCUCCCAGAAGUAAACUUGACUGUAUAAACUUGAGUGCCACAGAAUGAGAACACUUCUCUUUAACUUCCUUUCAGAUUCCCAGGACAAUAACCAGAGACUGAGUAUUCUUUUAGUGUAGCUAAUAAUACACAUUAUCGUCAUGAUGGGGUUUUGGGAUUUGUAAACAUGCAUUUCACGAUGUCUAACUGGAUGCAUUUGUCUGUACCUCGAUGAACUGAGAUGAGAAUAUCUUGGUUAACUGUUUUGUUCUCUUUAAUAUCUUACAAAAUGCUGACUGCAAAUAGGGUUUCCAGUGUUAUAAAUUAAUAAGUGUUUGGAUAGAAUAUGCUGUCGUGUAAACUGAGCUGCUCUUUAAUAACACUGCUUGAAAAUAA